UUAUUAUUGUGACAAAAAAAAAAGAACGAGAGAAACCCUAGAUUUUGGAGGACAUAAGGGACAUUUGCGUCAUUUCACGCAAUAAAUUUGCGAUAACGGUAGCGAUUAAUAUCACCGGCAAAUAAGAAGGAAGAGAAGAGCUAAUAAGAUGUACAGAGGAGAGAGAGCUGCCGUUGGGUCCAAGGGAGAGAUGGCGUCUGUGGAUCGGAAACGGAUCAACGAGGCGCUUGAUAAGCAGCUGAAACGAUCGUCGUCGUCCACUUCGAGGACGACCAACGGCAAGGAUAAGUCCGCACACUCCCUUCUCAUGGGGAAACAUCCACCUGAUCAUCAUCGCGACUCUCGUUCCGGUUCUCUACCCAAAGCUAACGUCUCAAAUGUUGCAGAUGAAUCUGAAACCGAAACAGAGGAGUCAGAUGUUAGCGGUUCCGAUGGGGAUGACACAUCUUGGAUCUCCUGGUUUUGCAAUCUACGAGGAAAUGAAUUCUUUUGUGAAGUUGACAAUGACUAUAUACAAGAUGAUUUUAACCUUUGUGGGCUAAGCAGCCAAGUUCCUUAUUAUGAACAUGCUCUUGAUUUGAUUUUGGAUAUCGAAUCUUCACAUGGAGAUAUGCUUACAGAGGAGCAAAAUGAAUUAGUUGAAUCCGCCGCUGAAAUGCUUUAUGGUCUGAUUCAUGCACGAUUCAUAUUGACAAGCAAAGGAAUGGCUGCUAUGCUAGACAAGUACAAGAACUAUGAUUUUGGAAGAUGCCCAAGAGUUUACUGCUGUGGACAGCCAUGUCUACCGGUUGGUCAAUCAGAUUUCCCUCGGUCAAGCACCGUAAAAGUGUACUGCCCUAGAUGCGAAGAUAUUUACUACCCACGGUCCAAGUAUCAAGGCAACAUCGAUGGAGCCUAUUUCGGGACCACAUUUCCUCACCUGUUCCUGAUGACGUAUUCGCAUCUGAAGCCACAAAAGGCGACUCAAAGCUAUGUCCCAAGAGUAUUUGGGUUCAAGCUCCACAACCCAUAAUACUGGGAUUAGAGCUUCCCUAUCGGGCAAAUGGUUUCUCGACGAGUUUGUAUUUGGUAUUCCUCGGCUUCUAUUUUUGGAAAUACUGCUAUCGAAAAAUCAGGUAUAGUUCGGUAGUCGUUUCAGAUAACCAUAUUUCAUGUCCUUUUCAUAUGUUCUAAAUGAAUUACCAUAAAAGCA